UCCCGUUUUCUGGAUAUUAAGAAGGCUUGGUUCAACAAAACCGGACUUGAAUCCAAACGUCGAGGACAUAGUAACCGUUGUGGAGUUUCUUGGACACGUCGGCGGGAUGGGAAUCGAUAUGGAGAUUAGCAAACUGUUUUCAAAGAUCCUCACAAAGCAAGGAUUCACCUUCAAGCUCAACACUAAAGUUCUAUCCGCAAACCGAAACGGCAGUGACAUCAUCGUGUCCACGGAAGGUGUGAAGGACGGGAAGAAGAGUGAGAUAACCUGCGACACCGUUUUGGUAUGUAUCGGUCGCCGUCCUUACACGACCAAUCUCGGUCUGGAAAACGUUGGCAUUAAAACCGAUGACAAAGGCAGGGUCCCAGUUGACAAGCGUUUCCGGACUUCUGUACCGAACAUUUACGCAAUCGGAGACUGCAUUGAGGGACCGAUGCUUGCCCAUAAGGCCGAAGACGAAGGCAUCCUCUGCGUGGAGGGCAUGUGCGGCGGGGAAGUGCACAUCGACUACAAUUGCAUUCCCAGCGUAAUCUAUACUCACCCUGAAGUCGCUUGGGUCGGUUAUUCCGAAGAGGAUUGCAAGAAUAAAGGCCUCGAUUACAAAGUCGGGAAAUUCCCCAUGUCUGCCAACUCCCGCGCCAGAUGCAAUGACGAAGCCGAUGGCCUUUUCAAGGUGCUGGCUGACAAGAAGACGGACAAGGUCCUCGGAAUUCACCUCUGCGGCCCUCAGGCUGGUGAAAUUAUCAAUGAAGGUGUGCUGGCCAUGGAAUACGGGGCUUCCGCUGAAGAUGUUUCCCGUGUAUGCCACGCUCAUCCUGUACGUCUUCAGUCUUCUCCAGCCGUUAUUUAUUUCGAGCAACAUACGUUUAUCCGGCGUAGUCUGCUUUCCGUAGACAAAGUCUGGUUGCUGCUUCUUGAAAUUUGUUCUACGAUUUUGUCCAUUUGCUAUGCCGUUAUACUAAACCGUCUAGGUAAUUCCAUUCGUGUCAGCCAGUGCUAA